GAUUCCAUCCCCUUCUACGCCCAACACAACAAUGGCGGGAAAACCAUAAAAGCUUCAGUCAUCAGUUUCAGUCCCCAUCUCUCUGCAACUUUUAGGGUUGAAAAUCUCUGCAAGCAAGAACACCAGAAGCUUCGAGGGAACGGCAAUGGCGAGAGACGAGGCCACCGAUGCUAGCGUCAAAAGGAGCGUCGGAGUAAAAGCCGGUGUCGAAGAGAACACCUUGGCGAUCCUCGAUGCUUUCGAGUCCAGCGAUCCUCGCUACUCUCACGACGAUCGCAUGGCUUUCCUCGAAGCAGUUCGCGGCGCCUCAGUCGUUGCAGAAAAUGGAACUCCUCUGACCAACAAAAUGUUGGAGGCUAUCUUUCGGAUUCUCAGGACCGGAGAAUCGCUGCAAUCUAUCAUGGCGAGUUUCCAACUUCUUAACGAGUUGGAAAAGCGCUAUCCUCGCCUGUGCUCAUCUGCUGGAGGUACAUCCGAAUCAUCUUCAGUUGCUCAACCUGAGCUUGAAGUGCUAAAGGAGGCUUGGUCUCCCUUGUCUCUUGCUUCAGACAGUGCUACUAGUGGGAGAGCAGCAGUUAACGAAAACCCUUGUGGACCACUUGACCCCUCCGGUUUUGAUCUUCUGAUACAAGGCCUAUUUACACUGGUGAAUGGGACAAAUCAUCAAGUAGUUGAUAUGGAGUCUCUGAGAAAUAUGUUAUUGCUCCAGUAUCUCAUCAAUUUUCUUGAAGGAGAUUUUUCAUCUCGCAGCAAUUUUUAUAAAGAAACCAUGGAUUGGACUGUCAUAAGGGAGUCUUUGCUGAGCAUGCUUUUGUGCUCAAGAAGAUUCAGCUACAAGAACUUGAUGAAGGAUUGCCCAUCUGUUUUGUGUGAGUUGCGGCAACUUUGCACUGGAUUUGGUGAUGAUCUUAUAAUUCCAGAGUUUUCAGAGGCCAAGUCAUCUGAAGUUUGUGACACUUCGUUAGUAAUUGCUUCACUUGAAGCUUUAGACAAUACUUGCACAGCCAUGCAGAAACUUAUGACAAUGAUUAUGGAGCUUGAUGUGUUAAAAAACCAAGCAGAUAAGAAAGGCUGUACUACAAGAGCUGAUGGUUUUAGAACUCCAUUGCUGGAGAUAAUACUAGAUGAACUGACAUACAAUAAUGAGAUCCUGUCUCCAUAUCUUCAGGUUUUUAAUCAACCAAAAUGGAAGCUGGAGCUUAUCUUGCAGUAUCUCUCUAAGUACACUGCCAAGCCUUCUGUUCGUACUCGAAGAUCAAGUGAUUAUACUGAUGAUCCAACAUUUGGUGGAGUUUUGAAGUGCCUCUCAAACGGGAGUAGCUUGAGAAGCAUUACGAAGAAGAUUGGUGCAGAAACAGUCCAGUUGCUCCUAGCUCAUGCUUUCCAGGCCCAGUUGGCUCUUUCAUGCAAAUCUCGUUCUGCUGAGAGUGUUUCAAAGUCCAACGGAGACGUCAUGGACUGCUCGUUGAUGGAAAUAUGCAAGCAUAUGAUCUCUGCUUUUGAUGGCUUAAAAAAAAUGGAUGAGCAGAUGGACAUCUUACCAACUGGGAAAGAAGCCUUGUUUGUAGCCACUGCCAUCCUGUCAAUCAAGUCGUAGCAAUGAACAAAAUUGCCAUGUAUCAACCCUCAGACUUUCUGAAGAGUUCCAUCAACAGGUGAUCUCGCCAUUUCUACUAUAUUCUCAACUUGGACAACUUCAUACGAAUUACCUCUCAC